UCGUUAUUCAUUCGCUACUCCCAAAAAGCUCCCAGAAUUCCACGCUUCCUCUUCUUUCUCCACUGUCUCCACUCUCAUUUGCUUUUCUCUCUCUCUAGGCUAGUCAACCUCAUGUCUUCCUCACUUUGUUCCAUAUUAAACCAACACCAUUCUCUCUUUCAUUCCCUCUCUCUCUCUUUUUAGAGUGAUCAAUCUCCAUCCUCUGGAUGUCUGAUACUCAAAUACUACUAUUUCACCUCAACUAACCCGUUUUCAAAUACGUACUAUAUGUAUAUAUAUAUAUAUAUAUAAAUAAACCUUGGUGAUUCCUAUUUCAUUCAGCUCUACUAGCUGUCGUUUGGUCUAUAUAUCAAAAAUGUGGAUGAUGGGUUAUAAUGAUGCUGGGGAGUUCAACAUGCCUGCUGAUUCAUUCAGUGGCAGAAAACUUCGACCUCUUAUUCCAAGGCCGCUGGCUUCUACCAACAACAUCACCACCGCAACGCCUCCUUGCUUGAGCCGUCUUCAUGGCGCUGAUUUCCUUUCGCAAUAUCACCAUCUGGCAGCUGUGGCUGAGCAGAGCAAGAAAGAGUUCAAUACUCCGCCGGUUGUAGUGAGCUCGAGGUGGAACCCGACGCCGGAGCAGUUGAGGGCUCUUGAAGAAUUGUAUCGACGUGGGACUCGGACCCCGUCGGCUGAUCAAAUUCAGCAAAUUACCGCGCAGCUCCGAAGAUACGGUAAGAUUGAGGGGAAGAAUGUUUUCUACUGGUUCCAAAAUCACAAGGCGAGGGAGAGGCAGAAACGCCGCCGUCAAAUGGAAUCGGCUUCCGAUACUGAAAUCUUAGAGAGGAAAGAAUUAGGGGCAAGUAGGACAGUAUUUGAAGUUGAACAGACCAAGAACUGGGCACCCCAUACAAACUGCAGUACUCUUGCAGAGGAAUCUGUCUCAAUACAAAGGGGAGCAAAAGCAGCAGUGGCAGAAUGUAGGACAGAUGGAUGGAUCCAAUUCGAUGAGGGAGAAUUACAGCAAAGAAAAAACUUUGCGGAAAGGAAUGGCACGUGGCAGAUGAUGCAGUUGUCUUGUCCUUCUCCUCCCACCCACCUCAUAAACAGCCCUGCUUCUGCUGCUACCACAAACACAGCAACAGUAAGAACAAUGAACCAAAAGCUCAGUAAGAGUACUACUCGUGACCUCAACAUAUUUAUAGCACCCUACAGAGGAAAUGGUCUUAACCAGUACUUCAAUGGUGUCGGCAAUGGAGAAGAUUGCUGUGGGGAAUCUCAAACCCUUCAACUCUUUCCUCUUCGGAGCAGCAGCGACCACAACGGAAAAGAGACAGAGAUAUCUGUUUCAUCCAUGAAUGUCAACUUCACUCCUCACCAGUUUUUUGAGUUCCUUCCGUUGAAGAACUAAACCAAGACAAAAAUGGUGGGGUUAUCAGAUUGCUAUUUGUGGAAGAGUUGGGAUGUUGUAUUAAUCUUAUUGGAAAAUGGAACUUUUUAUAUUA